UCGAACAAGCCCUUCUUCCUCUCUCUCUCUCUCUCUAACAUCUACAGUCUUCAAUUUCUCUCUUUCUUCAACUCAUCAAUGGCGCUUAGACCUCUUGAUAACACCUUGCCCUUGUCCCCAGAACGCCCCAAAAAGAAUCUGAAAGUUUCGAAUUCAAUUGCUAAACCUAAACAGCUUGCAGACCCGACUGCAAAUGACGAAAAUAUAGCCCCUUUGGCUUCUGUAACUCCUGUUGUUGACUCCAUUGAUUAUAUAUCAUCUGAAGAUCUGAAGCCCAUUUCAGAUGCCGAUGUUAAGUUCCAGAGCCUGAUUGAAGGACUGGAAUCCAAAGAUUGGCUGAAGAUUUGUGAUUCAUUGAACGAUGUUAGGCGGAUGGCGUUGUAUCACUCCACUCUAUUACUUCCAAUCUUGGAAAAGGUUUUGUUGAUAUUAGUGAAGGCAAUGAAGAAUCCAAGAAGUGCUUUAAUCAAGACAUCGAUCAUGGCUUCCUCUGAUCUUUUCAAAUCCUAUGGUGAUAAGUUGCUUGAGUCCACCACCUCAGAUGCAGUUAACCACAUGAUUCUCCAGUUGCUACUGAAAGCUUCUCAAGAUAAAAAGUUUGUGUGUGAAGAAGCAGAGAGAUCAUUGAACACAAUGGUGGUGUCCACAACACCCAUCCCUUUGCUUCAGAAGCUCAAAGGAUAUGUCAACCAUGGAAACAUGAGAGUUAGAGCCAAAGCUGCUGUUUCAAUCUCUCGUUGUGUCUCAAAGAUGGAAAUGGAAGAGUUGAGAGAUUACGGAUUGGUUUCGUUAGUACAAAUGUCGGCUGAAUUGUUGAAAGAUAGACUCCCUGAAGCACGAGAGGCGGCUCGAAGCAUUGUGUUGUUGAUUUACAGUGCGGUUAUGGAGGAGGAAGAUGAGAGCAAAGAAGAGGAGAAGCAGCAGGAGAAAUGGCAAAAAUUUUGCCAGUCAAAUUUGUCAGCCAUUGAUGCAUUGGCCAUGGCCAAACUUGUUGCAUCUCAGUAGAGCUUUUUGUUUUUUGGUUUUGUGUGUGGUGAUUCAUAGUAGGGAAGACCAUCAUCAUGCUGAUGAAGAUGGCUUUACUUGUUUAGUUGUUGCAAACUGCCUCUCUUAUCUGUAAAGAGGGGUUUGUUCUUUAGGAAAACUAGUUUCAUCUGUUUCAGAAAGAAAGUUCAAUUCAUCUUA